AUGGCCUCCAACUCUACUCAUCCCCGCCGCGGCCGUGUUUUAAAGCCAAAUGCCAUCCCCCCAAUUGCCGUUGGUCAAUCCAUCUCGACAAACACCCAUGAAGGCUGGCGGAAUUUAUCACCAUCCGUGUCUCUACGGAAGGGUUCGACCUUUCAUAGUCCAUCGUCGCCAGCAUCCAAGGACGACGACCCAGUCAUCAACGUUUCUCUACUACCGAGACGGUCUCAUACCUCGACCCAAUCUUUGGAAGCAGCUAUCGCCGCCGGCGAACGUCGUAUGGCCGCACUGAUUGGAUCCUUGGACCGAACCAUCGCGGGCAACGGCUCCCCCGCCUCGAGCCCCCUCAACACUCUUCACAGAGAUGCUCUGCCCCUUCCUCGCGGCCUCAUCGACCCCGCCAUGUCUGAGAGUGUAAACUCUCAACCCACUGGAACGACUACUCAGCAUUCUGAAAAGCAACAACGCCGCGCCCGAGUGCGACACACCUCUGACAGCGGACUCGGCUCCAGCAUCGGUGAUUCUGUCCGUUCAAAGUCGAACCCUGUACACGAGAUGAAUCAACGUAUGCAGCUCUACGGGAUGUUCAUCAUGAUGAUUCAAGCUGACAAGUCCAUAGUAGGAUAUGAGCACGAGCGUGCUCGCCAUGCUGGCGCACCGUCCCGGACAAAUACUCGCUCUGCAAUUACACGGUCUUUGGACCCUUCUGCUGACCAUCACGGCCAAUGUCUUUCCGAGUGCGCCGCCAAGCACAUCAAGGCGCACAUCAUCGACCCCCUCUUGGAGGAGUUGGGUCUGAAACCCUUCCAUCCUCUUGUCCGUGACAUGCCUCGACGGAUGGAAAAUAAAGAGAUUACCUGUCUCCGGGACUUGGAAAAAACGCUGCUUUACUUGGCACCAGGUUGGGCCGUCUCUCGAUCGUCUUAUCUCGACUUCUGCGAGACCUCAAUUCAGUGCAUUCAUACAACGGUCAAAUAUCUCAACGAGAAAGAUCAGCGCCGUCCGACCGACAGACCUUAUACUAACGGCUAUUUCCUUGACCUCGUGGAACAGAUUCGUCAGUACGCCAGCAUGAUUACUUCGGCUCGCUCAAGGGCCCAGUCAGGCCAGAGUCCGCGAGAAUCCGACUAUGACCCGAAUGAAAAGCUUGAAUUACGAGGCGGUUUGAGCGAGACUGGACGUCCUGCUCAACUCGUCAGAGUCAAAAACGGAAAGGUAAUUCCAAUUCCUUCAUCCUCGAAGGAUGGAAGGCCUUUCUCGAGUGAAUCGGACUUUGGGGAAUCUUCUCAUGCAAUGAAGAGAAGCCUGAGCGAGGUGUCAUUAGAGGAUGAUGGCGUUCAGCGUUCAAUGGCUCGGCGACGCAAGUCAAUGCUGGGUGUUGAACCUGAAGCGCCCCCAGCCUGCGGUGAGUGCGGGAAAGUGUUCAAGCGUGCAUGUGAUCUCACAAAACACGUCAAGACUCACUCUCGCCCCUGGAAAUGUUCAGAGCCAGGUUGUAAAUAUGCUGUUGAGGGUUGGCCGACAGAGAAGGAGCGUGAUCGUCACGUGAAUGACAAGCAUUGUAAAGAGCCAAAGCUUUUCCAGUGUCAAUUUUCUCCUUGUACAUACCAGUCAAAACGGGAGAGUAAUUGCAAACAGCACAUGGAAAAGAGUCAUGGCUGGACCUACGUACGAACGAAGAAUAAUGGGAAACGAGCUCAGACAGGGACUCCGCUGCAAACUCCCUCAACAGCAGGCAUUGCUACGCCCAGUUCAUUCUUGCCUGAUCCUGUUACGCCCGUCACGCAAAACACCCAUUCUCCCUUGAUGGAUGAAACCUCCACCGAACAUUCUACUCAGCACCCGGCUUUGGAACUCGGUAUCUCUCCUGCAACCAGCCUUUCAUUCGACGACGCUUUAAACAGCCUUGAGGGUCAGUAUGGAUCGAAUGACCUAGGGGCUGAGUUGGGCGCGCCGUGGAGUAAUGCCAGCAAUGACUUGUUCGGCAUGGGUGGUUUUGACGAUAUGCCGCUCGACUCAAACAACAUGAAUACCGAGCUUGAUAUGGCCAAUGCAUUUGAUCCAACCUUUACUCCGGAAAUACCGGAGAACUUCAAUGACAAUUUCAACUUGUCUAGUGGCGACGCAGACUUGAUCAAUUACAACGCGCAGCUCCUGACUCCAUCAUAUUCUGCUGAGCAUCAGCUGCUUCAUUCCUUCCCUUCUGGCGUGAUGCUACCUGUCCAUGCCAACCAAAUGGGACAAGCUUCGAUGCUUUCAUCCGGGGUACAGCCCGAUCUCAUGUUGUACUCGCCCUGCUCGGCCAAUGACCUGUCGGCGGACGAAGGCUUUGAUGAGUUCACCGGAGAGUAUGGGAAGCCCAUCGCCGAUUUCUCACUCUAUGGCGACGCUGGCGAAUCAAGCCAGACCAUGGCGAGGAACACCCCAAUGUUCCAGGAUUGGUCUUUGCUGGGCAAUCAACAAGCGCAGACUAUGACAACUGACCCUACUCAGUGGGGAGUUGAUACUAUGCAGCUUGACGAGUAA